AUCUGAUAAGCAACAGCGACUGCCACAGAAGAAUUAGAGUAUCAAUAUACAAGUACUAUUGCUGUUUUCAUAUAAGGCAGUUCUCAUAUUGGCAAACUCAAGAGUCGCAAUCUCAAUCUCAAUCUACCUGAGUCGUAUUUUUCAGCCAGUUAUUUUCAUAAAUUAACCAAUUUAUUGACAUUCAAUUUUUUUUCAACCCACAAAACACCACUACCAUUUCUCCAAACUCACAGCCUUCUUCAAGUUGCCGUACCAGAAACCAUGCUGAGCCCUGAGGCUGCCAGAGUGUCGCCUACACUCAAUUUUCCGGCCGCCAAAGUCAAGAUGGAGACUUCAGAAAGCUUUGAUUCGCAAAAGACAAACUCGUCUGCUUCCACAGUCUCUAACUCCACCUUCCGCAACCCGCUCAUAAAGAAGGAGAACCUCACAGCUACGAAACUCACAACAAUAUUUGCCAAUUCUGCAGCUACUCCACCUCCCGUGGCAAAAGGUUCGCAGACUAAUUCCUCUCCCAGCUCUUCACCAAAUUCAAACACAAAUACGACUAAUACCAACACGAAUACGAACGCAAUACCCAUACAAAACAAUUACAGGGGCCGCAUCAUUGGCAAAGAACCAGCUGGACCACAGUUACCGCCAAAGCACCAUCCCAAGAUCCAGCCGUCUACCCACAAGUAUCCCAAGAUCCAGCCCCAGAUCGCACCCAAGCCUAUAGCAGUACUUCCCAAGCCUUCCAGCUUCUCACCAGUUCCAAAUCCUAAUGUCAAGACAUCGCUCAUGAUGCUGGCGCCAACAUCGCUGGAUAAAACUUCGUUGAAUAUCAACACCUCUAAAAGAUGGGUGCUUCCUCCACGACCCAGACCUGGCAGAAAACCCACAGCUUCUGCUGAAACUGACGAUAAAUCUAAGGCCAUAGCCGUAGCAAAAGUCAGCCCCAAGAAACGGCCCAAGAUCAAGAAGGAAACCGUCGAAAAACAGGUAGUUGGGACAGUCAAUGGAGUACCAGUCUCGAAAUCCGUAGUUUCUGGUACAAUUCCUAGCAACUCUUCUAUAACUCACACUGGACCUUCUACACUUUCUUCUGCAUCUGUCAACUCGGCAACAGUAAAAUCGCAAGAUCCACGCCAUGAUUUCAUCGAUGCUAAAUCAGGCUUGUCUUCGGACGUAGACAAAAGGCAGAUUCUCGCCCAACUCCAACAACAAUACUCCCAAGCAAGCAACGGUAGAGCUUCUUCGCCUUUGUCUACAACUUCAGUAUCUAUUCCACCUUCUGUUUCUAAUAGUCCUAGUAACAAGCACUCGCCUUCAAUCAGCUCGCCAUCGUCCGUGCCUACUUCUUCUUCUGCUUCACCUCUUUCUUCUCAGCUCCCUCUUCCUCCUAUUGUCUCCAAAAACGAUCCCAAGUCAGAGAUCGCUAACUUGAAAAUGUCUUAUCUUUCGAAGUUGAAGGAACAGGAACUAAUCAGAAACUACAUUGAAGUUAUAACCAACCAAAUCAAGGAACUCAGCUUUGUGCAAAAUGGUAUGAUCACUUUUGAUGCAUUGAGAACAAAUCUGACUUCUACAGGCAAGUCUAAAAGAGUCAACAGUCCGCUGACGAUAUCCAAAAGUACAUCCUAUGACCAAUUAGAAUCCAUUAGCAACUUAAACGAUCUAAACAAGUUCCUUAAUUACCUAACGAAGUCGUCCUCUAUCAUACAUAGCGCUACCAAGCGUAGUUCAGCCAGUAAUCAAUCUUCCAAUUCUGACACAGUGAUUAACAGUCAGAUAGAUCACUAUCUUGAGAUUCGGUCCAAGUUCAAGUCGAUGAAGACGGAAGAGUUGAAGCGUUUAAACAACUUGAGAAAGCAAAAGAACUCCAUGAAUGGUGUUCUUCCAACUUCAGUAGUAGCUGGAACUUCAUUGUCAAGUAAUGGAGACUUAGCAACAGCAGGGAGAUCUUCUUCAUUCACACCAGAUCUUCUUAAGCCGUUAAAAGCUUCUACUCUCUUUGAUCCAGAUGGGGACCAAGAUAUCGUAAUUGACAUUCUUGGUGAAGACAACACAAUUGGUGGUAACUUGGUUUCUGCCGAUAACAACGCUCUCACCAGUGAGGAUAUCGACAUCUUUAUGGAAGAGAACGAUUUCCUCAACCGACUUAUACUUAACGACGAUGUAGACAACGUAGGAAUUCCUCCUAACGCUGACUUGUUGAAGGAGCAAGAGAGCAGUCUCCGGGUCAAGAUCCACGACAAGAACGAGCCGGUUGUCCAGGAUUCGUUGUUGAAGAAGAAGCUGAAGUUGAACUGUGGCUUCUGUACGAACGAUACUCCCUGCCUUUGUUUUGAUGCUGACUUUGACAUCGGCAUUUUGAGGCAUUAGUGUAAUGAAUAACGGUGUAUAUAAUAUUUAUUGGAUGGGACAUUGUGAUCUAUG